GGGAGGAGGGAGCCGCCGCCAUCUUGCGUGAGGGAGCGACCGGACCCAGCCAGGGAGGAAGGAGGAGGGGAGCAGCGAGCCAGCCGCCGACCUACCGUGGAGGAGCCGCCAUGAACCCCGAGUAUGACUACCUGUUCAAGCUGCUUUUGAUUGGUGACUCCGGCGUGGGGAAGUCCUGCCUCUUGCUACGAUUUGCAGAUGACACCUACACAGAAAGCUACAUCAGCACCAUCGGGGUGGACUUCAAAAUCCGCACUAUCGAGCUGGACGGCAAAACCAUCAAGUUGCAGAUCUGGGAUACAGCUGGUCAGGAGCGGUUUCGCACCAUCACUUCUAGCUACUACAGAGGGGCGCACGGCAUCAUCGUGGUGUACGACGUAACGGAUCAGGAAUCCUACAACAACGUGAAGCAGUGGCUGCAGGAGAUCGAGCGCUACGCCAGUGAGAAUGUCAACAAGCUCUUGGUGGGCAACAAGUGUGACUUGACCACAAAGAAGGUGGUGGACUACACGACUGCCAAGGAAUUCGCAGACUCCCUCGGGAUCCCCUUCCUGGAGACCAGCGCCAAGAACGCCACCAACGUGGAGCAGUCCUUCAUGACCAUGGCGGCCGAGAUCAAGAAGCGGAUGGGCCCCGGGGCGACAGCCGGCGGGGACAGGCCCAACCUGAAAAUCGACAGCACUCCGGUCAAACAGGGAGGCGGCGGCUGCUGCUGAGGAGGAGGAGGGACAUGUGAUUGUAGGGCUUGGGGGU